UCCAAUCCUUGUUGUUCUAUAUAUAUUCCCACUCUUGACCACACUUGAGCAGCUUCACUGUUCUCCCAACACCAACAGCUUCAUUCAAAAUGAACUCUGCCACCUCCAACUUCGAGGUCGAUGCCACCGGCGUCUCACCCAAGCAAAUCCACAACCUCAUCCCAUCUCUCAAGCUCGCCGAUGGCAAUGAGAUCCCCAUGCUCGGCUACGGCCUCGGCACAGCCAACUACAAAUCCGGCGACUCCGCCGACACCAUCUCCGAGCCUAUUGUCAACGCCACCCUGACCGCUCUCAACGCCGGCUACACGCACCUGGACGGCGCCGAAGUCUACGGCAACGAAGUCGAGCUCGGCAGAGCCAUUGCGCAAUCCAAGCUGCCUCGCUCGUCCCUAUACAUCACCACUAAGACUAUUGUCCGUGCCGGUGACACAGUCACCCAGUCUUUCAACCGCUCGCUCGAGAAGCUCGGGCUCGAUUACGUCGACCUGUACCUCUUGCACUCUCCUUUCUUCGCCAAGAACCCCGAGGAGCUCCAGGCGGCGUGGCGGGAAAUGGAAAAGAUCAAGGAUAGCGGGAUGGCCAAGUCCAUUGGUGUUUCCAAUUUCUUGAUCUCGCAUCUGCAGACCCUGUUUGACAUUCCUGGAGGGUUGCAGUACCCGCCCGUCGUUAACCAGAUUGAAUACCAUCCUUACCUUCAGCAUGUGGUUGAGGGCGAGGAUUUGGUCGCGUUUUGUCGGGAGAAGCACAUUGCUCUUGAAGCCUAUUCGCCGCUGACGGCCAUUACCAAGGCUCGCCCGGGCCCUGUCGACCCCAUUUACACGCAGCUGGCCAAGAAGUACGGUGUCAGUGAGGCGGAGAUUGCCUUCAGAUGGUGUCUGGAUCAGGGUAUUGUGACGCUCACAACGAGUAGCAAUGAGGAGAGGCUAAAGGGCUACCUGAAGAAGCUGCCCAGCUUCAAGUUGACACCCAAGGAGGUCGAGGAUAUCGCGUCAGCGGGAAAGGAGAAGCAUUAUAGGGUGUGGUGGACUGAGGAAUUCGCUGCAGACGACAGGCAUUAACCCAUGGAAUCUGGCCAUGAAUUAUUGUUUUGGUCGGUAGACAUGUUAGUCAUGCGCUAUUAUAGUUAAUCUCAAGUUGUUGAAUGAU